AUGUAUACCAAAGAGCCGGAAUAUAACAAAGAAACGAUUACCUCAGAUAAGUUAUUCAAAUUAGCUAGGCGAUCGAAAAAACCAAAAAUCUAUAACCCCAAAACGAACCGUAUGAUUGCAAUUGAUGGACCAGCAUAUAAUCAAUUGAUAUGUAAUGGAUAUAUGCAUUGGGAAGAGGAAAAAGUUUUAGUCCCUCCAAUUCAUGAAAAAUUAGUAUUGGGUAAAUGGUUUGCGUCCAUAUCUAAUCAUAUUUGGGGUAUUGUUGCAGAAAAAAGCCUCCUUACAAAAAUCAAUGGGAACGUAAGCUUGUUAGAAAUCCUACUUAAAGCAAACUGGAAUGAAUUUGCUAUAUGUUAG